AUGUAUAGCCAAUCUGAAGACAACUUAUCGCGCAAGCGACCUCUCGAAAGCCCCGAGUCGCCAGGCAGAAGCGCGCGCCCUCAUCAGAAGCAAAAGGAUGCAGAGGUAGCAAGUGUGGAGUUCUUGUCAGAGGAAUGGUGGGAUAGGCACGAUCAUGAGCAAUUCAUGUGCUGGGGCGAGGCAAUCUUGUCCAAUGCUCAAGCCGAGCUCGAUGGCGAGCCAGCGCGGAUCAAGGGUGGGAACAAGAGCAGCGGGUCGCAUGAUGGGGAAGACGGUGGAAAGGAUGGGGAAGAUGCUGGAACAGACGAAGAAAGCGAGGAAGAGACGGAUGAGGGGGAGGAGGAGGAGGAGCAGGAUGAGGGAGAGGAGGAGGAGGAGGUACACGAGGAGGUCGAGCGUGACCAAGGGAGUGAUCAAGCUGGGCAGAACGCAGAAGUCUCCCAGCUAGGUGAUGAUGUGGGAAGCCAGAAUGACACGGAGAGCGAUGCGCCCAUCACUCCGAACUUUGGCGCCGCCCCUGGUGUCGUCGGGCUCGGGAUCCACAAGGAGGGAGAGCAUGUGGAGGAGGGAGAAAGUAAUACGGGCGCCGCACCUCCAAACUGGCCCCCGGUGGAGGAGGAGGAUUACUCCAUUCCCCCUGGCUGGCUUCGCUGGACGAGAGCACGACAUUAUUAG